AUGCUCAAUAAAUUUAAGAGGCCGAAAUAUUCGGCAGGUGAAAGAGCUAGCUUUGUUGACAUUUCCACUUGGUCGCAACACUUUCGUCAUUUUGUUUUGGAUCAUCUAAAUAUCGAUGGUGUCUUCUUACUCCGUCUGAUUGCAAAUAAUGCAGGAGACCUGGCUGCACGCGAACUUAUAGGAUGGUUGUGGCGCCUAUAUAGAGCCCGUAUUGAUGGACCAUCUGAGCCAGAAGACAUCGGGGUAACUGAGAUGACUUCAUUUCCUGUUAAGAAGGAUUCCCAAUCCCAGACGUUUACACAACCACAUAUAGAGAGGAUAAAAGACUAUAGACCGACAUCUACUAACCAGCCUUCAAUGGAUGCAGAUUUUGUUUAUACAUAUGAGUCAAAGUUACAUAUGCAGCCCAUUUGGCCACCUUAUGUUUCGGCUUCAAAUAUAGAUGUUAAUGAAACUUUAUUUGAUCAAAAUAUAUUACCGAACAAAACGGAAAUCAAACAAUCAAAAAUUCCUAUUUAUGCUUCAUCAUUAUUUAAAAAUACUAGACGACGCGGUCAGGCACCCAACCCUCCAACGCAAAAUAACCAUUCGUUGAAUAUACUAACCCCCCAGGAUCCCUUAAUUAGAUCAAAAGCUACGCAAGUGGCAACUCAUAUUGCUAAAUUAUCAUACACUCACAUGGAGGAGAAUGAUAAUCGAAAUACGGACAAAGAAGAAUCUAAAGCAGAAUUAAGCCUUAAGAAAACUAAUGGCACACAUAGUAAUUUGAUAACUGGGAUAGGGCUUAAUCUCCCCAUAAAUGAAUAUGGGAUUGAGGAGAAUGAUGCAAUAAAGGCAAUUGUGAAAAUUAGUAGAGAAAGCGACGACCCGAAAGAUAUAAUAUUCAGCCAUAUUUAUAAUGAAAAUGGACAAAAUUUUAACGAUUUCUCAAACAACCACGAGGAUGGGACUACUGGAAGUGAAGAUAGCAUCGUGUAG